AUGGCGGGACUUUCACAUGAAGAUCGCAAAAUUAUCAAGAACCAUCCUCUAACCAACUUAGUUGAUCGUUUACGAAACGCGCUUCAGGAAGCCGAAAGAAUAUAUGAGUCGCGUCUAAUUUAUGAUGGCGCUGAUGAGAGCCUUGACCAACUCUAUCGAAAUGCGAUUUCAAAACUCCUCUCCGCUUUACUGGGAGAGGAUGCAGCUUACAGCCUUCGCUCGCGAAUGAGUAACGGGAAUAUGGCGUCUGAUCUAGCACACUUAGUCGAGCGCCUCCAAAAAGCAAAAGGAAACUUCAGGUACGACGAGUAUCGCCUGCUGGUACGCCUGGUUAUCCAAAGGCCACCAGACGAUGAACUCCAGGGCGUCGAAAAAUGGAACAUCGACAUCUGGACUGCUGUAUUUAACCUCAUUGACAACGCCCCUCGAACAACUCCUCCGGCAAGCGUCCCCCCCUCCUUUGACGGCACACCAGUCAAAUCCACCUCAUCAUCGCAGAAAGGUUCCGAGCAGACGCAUGAGUUGGUGAAUCUGAGAAUCUUCGAGGAGAUAUGUGGCUGCACCUUUCGAGACGUCAAGGGCUUCUUCAACAAAUACUUUGAGGAGAAGGACUGGAGCGGCAAAGCAGAUGCCAUCUGUCGACGCGUAUUGGCCCCGGGCAGCGACCGAAAUUGGGCCCAGUUUCCUGAUCCUCCUACACAGGACAAUGUCCUCGCCUGGUGGUUUCGUCUUCAAGAAGACCUUCUCUCGGAAUCACGCGGCACCUACUACACCACGGCCAGCAAAGCGGAUCUUACUGGUUCGAAGGCGGAACGGCAAGUCGACCUUCUUUUGCGAGCUAGGAGUGGGAGCCCCUCGCGAAACAAACACAACUGGAGAGACAUCCUGGUAGUUGGCGAGCUCAAAAAAUCCAAGGAGGAGAUCAAGACCAAAGGCACUGUGCUUCAGAUGAGCCGCUACGUGCGUGAGGUCUUUGCCGCCCAGCCCACCCGGCGGUUCGUCCACGCGUUCGCCGUCUGCGGGACCAAGAUGGAGGCGUGGGUGUUCGACCGUUCGGGUCCCUAUAGCUCCGGCAUCAUCGACGUCUAUGAGGACUCGAGACGGUUCUUUCAGGUGCUUGUCGGGUACACCAUGAUGAGUGAUGAGGACCUGGGACUGGAUAGUUUUAUUGCUAGGGAUGAAGACGGCAACAAAUCAAUAACUGUCAAAGGGCCUGGGACGUUAGACGAAAAAGUGCUGCAGCUGGGUGAAAUACUUUCCUUUCAACGUGCCAUCGUGUGUCGCGGUACCACGUGUUUUCUCACAAACGAUGGACAAGGCGUAGCUAAAUUCUCGUGGGUGUCAGACAAGCGGCGGCCGGAGGUGGAACUCCUCGAGCUAGCAGGUCAAAAGAAUGUCCAAGGAGUCGCAAGGAUCAUCGGUCACAGUACCAUCACCAGCAUCGCCGACAUGCGCUGCGGCCUGACGUUCGACGACAAGCGCCACGACUUCAAAAGCGCACCCCCCAGCGCAGCCUCCUCGUUUCAUCAAUCUCAGCCGCUCAUUGAGCCGCGUCACUUAGAUAUCCGUCGAAAGUCAUCUUCCAGAAAACGCAGAUCCCCGGACAAGGGGAUGCAGAUGUCCAAACAAUCACGUUCCACCAAUCAAUCAUCAAGGGACACCCAGGAGGAGAAUGAACUAGCUUUCUCCAUUCAGUCAGCACACAAACCGAGCCUCUUCGACAGGAAUGGUGAGGAACUCUACGACAACCGUGUCCUCCGGUGUCUUGUGAUCUCACCCCCUGGCCGGCUGAUCUACAGGUACGAAUCACCACUGGAGCUGCUCAAGGCACUUCGCGAUGCAAUUAAGGCGCACCGGUCUCUUUACCUGGAUGGGAACAUCCUUCAUCGGGAUAUUUCGGAGAACAAUAUAAUAAUAACCGAUCCAGAUAAAGCGGAUGGUCACUCAGAAGUCGGAAGCGGGCGAAGCGGCGCGCGUCACCAGACUGGCACGAUGGAGUUCAUGGCGAUCGAGGUGCUACUUAAUAUCGACCAUACCUAUCGGCAUGAUCUCGAGUCGUUCUUCUACGUGCUUAUCUGGCAAUGUGCCCAUCACGGUUGGGAAUUUAAACCGCCACAAACAUCUCAUCAACUACAGGAGAGGCCCAAAUCUAGUACGCUCAAGAAAUGGUACACCGGCACCUACGAGGAUAUUGCAACUUAUAAACGAGGCAACAUGGAAGCUGGCGGUUUUGAGCGCAUCCUGAUGAAAGAAUUUCCUCCAUCGUUUGACUGGGUCAAACCACUCUGCAGAACCAUACGGCGCAUACUAUUUCCUCAUGGGGAGGAAGGACUUAUUGUUGGAACGCCGCAAGACCCACAAAGGUUAUAUGAUCCUAUUAUCAAGGCGUAUGAUGAUACGAUAGCUCUGAUUGAAACCAAAUAG